CUUGGGUUCCGCAUGAUGAUGAAGCCCUGACAUUGCUGCAGACCCAGUUCCAAGGCUCCAGCCAUCCUGUGUCUCCCCGAGUGCUGCUGCCCCAUGGCCAUCCCCAAGUGCUCCCUGAGUCUGGGGCCCUGGGCACAGAACGGCUUUCUUCAAGUGAAGGUGGAGGAGGAGGAGGAGGAGGCCGGCCUGUCCCAGGGCUGCGACCACGCUGCCCACCCUGAGGCUGCACGCCUGCGCUUCCGGCGCUUCCGCUAUGAGGAGGCAUCCGGCCCACGCGAGGCCCUGACCCGGCUCCGAGAGCUGUGUCGGCAGUGGCUGCAGCCCGAGGCGCACUCAAAGGAGCAGAUGCUGGAGCUGCUGGUGCUGGAGCAGUUCCUGGGCACGCUGCCCCCUGAGACCCAGGCCUGGGUGGGGGCCCAGCGCCCCAGGAGUGGAGAGGAGGCUGCUGUGCUGGUGGAGGAUCUGACUCAGGUGCUGGACAAGAGAGGAGGGGAGCUGGAGGCUGAGCCUAAAGAGGCAAACUGUAAGCAGAGUGAUUCAGAAGAGUCGGAGCCAUCACCCACGGCCACCAAAACCCUCAUGGGAGGUGCUUCCCUGGGAGCCGCAUUUGCUGACGCCUGUGAAUCUGAGGGCAGCUCAGAGAGGCACGCAGGACCCUCAGGGGAGACCUGGACAAAAUCUGUUGCCCAAGAGGUGGAUUUCAGGAAAACCUCAGGGACUUACAAGGAUGCCCCCGCAGACCAGCCUGGCCGUGAAUCUGGUACCUUGUGGAGCAGUUCCGGUGCACGGGCAAACUUCACCUCCCGAGAGAAGACUCCUGCGGAAGAGAAGUGCGAUCGGCUGGCUGGUUAUGGGACAGAGCCUCCACAUACACACUCGGGAAGGAAGUCCUCCAGCUGUGGCGAGUGUACGAAGCCCUUCCAGAGCGCCUCGGCCCUUGAGGCACACAAGAAGAGCCACUCUCAGAAGACACCAUUUGCCUGCAGCGAGUGUGGGAAGGGCUUUAGUCGAAGCACUCACCUGGCCCAGCACCAGGUGGUCCACACGGGGGCGAAGCCCCAUGCGUGUGAGGAAUGCGGGAAGGCCUUCAGCCGCGUCGCCCACCUGACUCAGCACCGGAGGAUUCAUACCGGAGAGAAGCCCUACCGAUGUGGGGAGUGUGGCAAAACCUUCAGCCGCAGCACCCACCUCGCCCAGCACCAGCGUGUGCACACGGGGGAGCGGCCCUACGCGUGCGACACGUGCGGCAAGGCCUUCGGCCAGAGCAGCCACUUGGCCCAGCACCAGCGCACCCACUCCGGGGAGAAGCCCUACGCAUGCAACACGUGUGGGAGAGCCUUCGGUGAUUGCUCGGCUCUGAUCCGACACCUGAGAAUCCACUCUGGAGAGAAGCCGUAUCAGUGUCAGGUUUGCCCCAAGGCCUUUGCGCAGAGCUCCUCCCUCACGGAGCACCGGAGGAUCCACACGGGAGAGAAGCCCUAUAAGUGCGGUGACUGUGCGAAGGCCUUCAGCCGCAGCUCGGCCCUCGGGGCCCACCUGCGCGUCCACAUGGCGGUGCCGCAGCGACUGGAAACAGCCCUCAGGGCCCAGCAUCUGAGAGAAGCCCUGAGUCGGGAAAGAGCCAAGAACGGGAUGGGUGACUGACGAGUCGCCGAAACAAUAAGGUGCCUGAGGGCAGACGCCGGGGCUGUCUGGGGACAACGCUGCAUUGAGCACCAGUGGGAGGCCCCAGUGAACAUAAAGUGACUCAGGCCAGCUGGAGAAGCUUCCGGAAGGAUCCUGUUGUCCUCUAUUUCCCAUGCACGCCUGUCCUAGAGAGAGGACAGCUGAGCUGAGGAUUGAUUGGUUCUCAGGGCCAGGGCAAGUGUCUUUCAGAACUCAGUGGUCCCCAGAUGCUCUGGGAAGGCAGACUUCAGCUUCUUGUUCUCACACGGCUGCUCUUCUCACCUGCUCUUCUGCUGCUCGGCCUGGAAGGGACGCCUGCCAUGCCACCUCUGUGCCUUGGCACCUACUGCUUCUCCUCCAACCUACUGCGUGCCCGACUCCAAGGCUUACUUAUGAGACUGCCUCUCCUGCGAAGCCCUCUCCAGACCCUGCAUCUCUCUGCUGGUUUCUCUGUCUUGAUCAGUGACCCUUGUCCAGCAGCUGUGUCUCCCUCCCCCUCUCCUUCCACAUCCCACCGGCCACCAGCCCUUUUGGUUUAACCUACAGCUCACCUCUAAUUCCUCCUCUCCUUUCCCACCACUGCUCCCUGGGUGAGCCUCGGCGCCUCCUUCCUGACCCCCUCCUGCCUUCAUCCCCUCUCCCACGUCCUUCUCCUGGGGGCUCUUUCUAUUACCCACAUCUGAGGUGUCACUCCAUGGCAGAAGGCUCUCCAACACGUCACCUACCGCAGAGCUUCCUGAACGGGUACAAGGAUGCCGCAAUAUAGGUUGCUCUGGGCCCCAAGCAACCUGUUCGGCUAUCCUCAUAUGUGCAUACGAAUAUUGUCCUUUUUCUGUGUGUGCAGCGAUGUGAAAAUGGUUUCAAAGUACUGCCCUACAGGAUAAACCAGACUUCUUCACCUGAUGUUCAUGAUCGUUCGUGACCUGGCCCUGUCUGGCCUCAUCGCCCCACCUUCCACACACCAGCCAUGUGGAACCUCUACGGCUCCUAAAGAAGCCAUAUUUUUUCCCACCUACGUGCCUUUGUGCCUGUGCCUGGAACCCUCCUUUCCUCUUUCUGACACAUGUGCCUCCAAGUGAAGCCUCCUCAAGCUGCCGGAGCAGACUUCAACCUGCCCUCCUGCUUCCAGAGCACCUCACAGUCACUCUCUUGCACCUUCUACCGUGUUGUUUUACUUACUUACUCCUUGCAGAGCUCAGGGUCUGUUCUCCAAGGACACUGUGAGCUGAGAGCAGGGGCCGUGACUUACUCUCAGUAUCUACCACACACAGGACUCAGCAGGCCCUGACCGAUGUCUCUUGAAUCAGUGUGACCGGUGCCUUCCCUGAGGCAGUCACGGGGCUCUGCCCGACAUCAUCCUUACACACGUUUACACGGAUGUCUCCCCACCAGCUGGGGACCCUGCAAGGAAGAACAAUCUGACUUCCCUGGGCCCAGCGCCCAGACAAGCCUCGCACGCAGUGGCCUCAAUAAAACGUUACUGUAU